AGCAGUAGACGGGAGUAACUAUCAGAGGUUGUACGCUUGGGUUCGUGUUAUUUUGUUGUUGUUUCUUACUUCGAAGAACGCAGCAAGUCGUAAUAAAAAAAACACCUUCCGCCGAGUGAACAAGGUGGAGGAAGAGAUACGGGGAGCGACAGAAUGGCAGCCGGGGACAAAUUAACGGAGCGGCUGUCGACGACUGGGGAUUGUAGCAUAGCUAGCUAAUGGGGAGUCGAGAGCUGGACAUCACGCCGACCUGAGUUCAUUUGAGGAAACUCAGAGCAGCAACUCACUGCGGCAAGCUGGUUUUUCAGUAAGGAGCACAUGGCCUUUAUUCUGCUGACGGACAUGGACCCUCUUUCUUCCAACCCUACAACACUUGACGGCUUAUCCACUGACCCUGACCCCAAGCAGGAAGUAAAGGCAGUUACUUUAACUCUUCACCUUUACCACCUGGGAAAGACUGAAGAAAGGAGCAGCUGCUCAGAAGACACCCUCACAUUUCCACCGGGAGAGUAUGUAGCAGAAGAACUGUGCAUCACCGCUGCCAAAGCUUGUGGAAUUAGCCCGGUGUACUGCAGCUUGUUUUGCCUGAUGAGAGAAAAUGACCGAAUAUAUUUUCCUCCUAAUCACAUCUUCAAACUGCACAACUCAGCCAGUGAAAACCUGCACUUCAGAAUAAGAUACUAUUUUCCAGGCUGGUAUAACAGCAGUAGCUCCUUCUACGCCCAUCGUUAUGGCUUGUCCAAAGAGAUGGAAAGCCCAGUAAUGGAUGACUGUGUCAUGGCCUACCUGUUUGCUCAGUGGCGCAGUGACUUUUUAAAUGGCUGGGUUCAUAUUCCAGUCAGCCAUGAAUCUCAGGAGGAGUGCCUGGGUAUGGCUGUUCUCGACAUGAUGAGACUAGCUAAAGAGAGCAAUCUGUCACCGGUGGAUAUCUACAAUGAUACCAGCUACAAGUCCUUCCUCCCCAGAUGCAUGAGGAACCGCAUCCAAGAGUACAACUUGCUGACCCGGAAGAGGAUCCGCUACCGCUUCCGACGGUUCAUCCAGCAGUUCAGUGAGUGCAAAGCCACUGUAUGCAACCUGAAGCUCAAAUACCUGAUGAACCUGGAGAUGCUGCUGCCCUCUGUGUACUCUGAGCGCUUCCAAGUGACUGACCUGUCCUCACGAGAGGUUACCAUCGUGGUGAUGGGCAACAAGGGCAUCCUUUGGUCUAAAGGAAAAGGAGAGGAGGGAACAGAGGAGGAGCUGGAGAUAUAUUGUGAUUUCCCAGAGGUGAUCGACAUCAGCAUCAAACAGGGCAGCAAGGAAGGCUCAGCAGAAAGUCGCAUCGUUUCCCUCACCAGACAGGACAGUCAGAUCUUGGAGCUGGAGUUCCAGUUGCUCUCCGAGGCCCUGUCUUUUGUUUCUUUGGUUGAUGGAUACUACCGACUGGUCGCCGACGCCCAUCACUACCUGUGUAAAGAAGUUGCCCCACCAAGACUUCUCGAGUGCAUUCAGAGUUACUGCCAUGGCCCUGUAUCGAUGGAGUUUACAAUUAGUAAGCUGCGUCGUUUGGGUAACUAUCAAGGCCUCUACAUCCUACGCUGCAGCCCCCGAGAGUAUGACAAAUUCUUCAUGUCCUUUGUUGUUGGGUAUGAAACCAUGGUGGAUUAUAAACACUGUCAGAUUGUGAAGACGGAGUCGGGAGAGUUCAUCCUGAGCGGUGCCAAAAGAAGCUUUGGUUCUCUGAAAGAGCUCAUGCAUUGCUACCAAAAGGAGGCGCUCCGCACUGAUGGGUACACUUUCCAGCUCAUCAGGUGCUGUCCACCCAACCAGAAAGACAAAUCCAACCUGCUGGUGUGCAGAAAUAACCAAACUACAAACGUCCCUCCAUCUCCAUCACUUCACAAACACAUCAGCCAGAUGGUUUUCCACAAAAUCCGCAAAGAAGACCUUAUCUUUAAUGAAAGUCUGGGCCAAGGAACGUUUACAAAGCUCUUUCGUGGUGUGAGGAAGGAACUGGGUGAUUAUGGGGAGGUUCACCAGAUGGAUGUGGCGGUCAAGAUUCUGGACAAGGCUCAUCGUAGUUUUUCAGAGUCCUUCUUUGAGGCCGCCAGCAUGAUGAGCCAGCUGUCCCACAAGCACUUACUCCUCAUUUAUGGUGUGUGUGUUUGUGGUGACGAAAACAUGAUGGUGCAGGAAUAUGGAAAGUUUGGCUCUCUGGACAUUUAUUUGAAAAAGAAGAAAAACUGUGUCAACAUCACCUGGAAGCUAGAAGUGGCCAAACAAUUAUCCUGGGCUAUGCAUUACCUGGAGGAUAAAAGCGUAGUUCAUGGGAAUGUUUGUGCCAAAAACAUUCUGCUGAUCAGAGAGGAGGACCGGAAGACGGGCAGCCUGCCUUUCAUCAAGCUCAGUGAUCCUGGUAUCAGCAUCACCGUUCUGCCUAGAGAAGUUCUGGUGGAGCGUAUCCCGUGGGUGCCCCCUGAGUGCAUCGAAAACCCCCAGAAUCUGAGCUUAGCAACAGACAAGUGGGGCUUCGGGACGACGCUUUGGGAGAUCUGCAGCGGGGGAGAAAAACCACUCAGCACCCUGGACUCCUCAAAGAAGAACCUGUUCUAUGAGGACAGACACCAGCUGCCGGCUCCAAAGUGGACUGAGUUGGCCAACCUGAUAAACAGCUGCAUGGACUAUGAGCCUUUACACCGACCCUCCUUCAGGACAAUCAUCAGAGACCUCAACAGUCUUUUCACUCCAGAUUAUGAAUUGCUGGUGGAGAGCGACAUGGUUCCCAACAGGACCCGAGGGUUUGGCUUCCCGUGGGCCUCAGUGAGCCAGGAGCCAGCGCAGUUUGAGGAGAGACACUUGAUCUUCCUCAAGCAGCUGGGCAAAGGCAACUUUGGCAGCGUUGAGAUGUGCCGGUACGACCCGCUGCAGGACAGCACCGGGGAGGUGGUGGCUGUGAAGAAGCUGCAGCACAGUACAGCUGAGCACCUUCGGGACUUUGAGCGGGAAAUCGAAAUCCUCAAAUCGCUUCACCAUGAGAACAUUGUUAAAUACAAAGGAGUGUGCUACAGUGCAGGUAGAAGAAACCUUCGUCUCAUCAUGGAGUACCUCCCCUUCGGCAGCUUGAGAGAUUAUCUCAUCAAACACAAGGACCACAUUGACUCCAUAAAACUGCUGCACUACGCAUCGCAGAUAUGCAAGGGCAUGGACUACCUCGGUGGCAAACGGUACAUUCACAGAGACCUGGCCACCAGGAACAUUCUGGUGGAGAGCGAGAUGAGGGUGAAGAUCGGCGAUUUUGGUCUAACUAAAGUCCUGCCGCAGGACAAGGAGUACUACACUGUCAGGGAGCCUGGGGAGAGCCCCAUCUUCUGGUAUGCCCCUGAGUCGCUGACAGAGAGCAAGUUCUCCGUAGCGUCAGACGUCUGGAGCUUCGGCGUCGUUCUGUAUGAGCUCUUUACCUACAGUGACAAGAACUGCAGCCCCCCAGCGGUUUUCAUGGAGAAAAUUGGAAAUGAAAAGCAGGGCCAGAUGAUCGUCUACCAUUUGAUCGACCUGCUGAAGCAAGGAUAUAGACUCCCUGCUCCUGAAAACUGCCUAAAGGAGAUUCACAAGAUCAUGAUGGAGUGCUGGAGCAGUGACCCGAAACUGCGGCCCACAUUCAAGGCCCUAAUCCAGCGGGUGGAGACUGUGCGAGAGAGCAAGGACGGAUGAGAUGGACGCAGCGAAUUCCUGAACUGUUGACCUGCUGGUGUUGACGUGCGCAAGUCAGUCGUCACACAACAAUCAGAGUUACCAAUGGAGUUUAGGUGGUGGCUGUCUUCGCACUUGUGGCAGCUCGACCGCUUCAUGAAGAAAAGACUGAAAUAACGAGAACACUACAGCUAACUCAAAGAUUUUCUCUGAUGUUUUCAAGUACAAUUCUAUGUUUUUUGGGGUUUUUUUGGUGUUUACAAUCCAAACUGCAUUCCGAACAGACUUUCAGCCAUGUGGCUGCACAUGAAAUCACAAGGAAACCAAGAGGUUCCAGUUCUUCACCGGAGUUGGUGCUAGGGUCAGUCUUUAAGUGGUUCUGCCUUGCUUUUCCACCACUGUCAUUACAUCAUUAUAAACAUCUCAUCUAAUUAUUGUUUGGUCCCCCCCCAUCUUCUGAGAAUGGAGGCAAUUCAACCAAAGAAAUAGGAUUUAUCCAAGUAUUACUGCAAGCAGAUGCCCCAAUAUAACCAACGUGGUUUAUUAACACUUCUAAAAAAUUGAGCUUUUGGAUGCCUGAUCUAACACAGCUUUUAGAGAAAGAUUUAUUAACACACCUGUGUUGAAGAACUGAGUCAGAAAGGAGAAUAAUCAGCUCUGACCACAGCCGUAAACCGGCUUACUUAAACUCUGAGAUAGAUCAUUUCAGAAUAAGCUGUGAAAAGAGACGGUCAUCUUCUGUUAUUCUUAUGCUAAUCUGACAAAUUACUAUUGUUGAAGCACAGUUUUUACAGUUUUAAUAAAGCCCAAAACUAAAUUCUGGUUUUAAACGUUUUAAACGUGGCAUUUAUUAAAAAGAGUUCUUUCCUUUGGUCCGAUUGCGACCUGGAUUAGCACGGGAUUCCGAGCCCGGCUUAGAUUUUGUCUUGGUGAAGCGCUGGGAACAGUUUGGUGGAAAAGGCUCUAAUGAGACCCAGAGAUUUGUUUGGACCUUCUCAGUUACUGUGGAAUCAAAUGUGCAUAGAUAAAGCGACUUGCAAAAGUAUUUACACCCUGAGAAGUUUAACAAACGUGUGAAGGCUUCACCAACAACUGCAUUAAUACAGUUUAAAUUAUACACAGACAAACUGGAUUAGUAAUGAAGGGAGUUCUAAAGGGAAUUACCGAACUGAACCGAACUGAACAUUAACCGGUUAGUGCGCGACUUGCCAGUGGAAAAACGCCUACAGUGAAUCUGGGGAGGCAGCUAGAGAUUAGGGAAACUGCAGAUAGGCCUUCCAACCUCAAAGACUUGGAGUUCAUCACAAAACC